GUGGCAAGGAGGAAAUUUUACUUAUUCUUACAGUGUAAUCAAGUAAUUUAACGUGCGCACACAAGGGGAGCACAACUUCGUCGCCAAGCAAACGAGGAGACGGAAGAGAGAUGCUUCAACAAAAGGUAGGGAGAGAGAGAGAGAGAGCGCGCCGUUGCCACCUCCAGAAGCUUCCAUGCCACGCGCUGAAGCAACUGGGGUAGCACCACGUAACGGGCACGAUCAGAACCACGCCAUUAGAAUUCGUGCUGGGUUUUGGAACUACGCAGGAGCCGCGUACAAAGUCGCGUGGCCUUAUCCGCCAAGAGCUAUAGAAAAAGAGAGGAGAAACAGCGGGAGCGUUAAACCCAUCAAAAACCAAGCAGGAAGCCAAAGGUAGAAAGAGCAGGAGACACGAUAAAAGGGCUUUAAAUUCUUUCUGGGGAAGACUUGUUUGCCGUAUGGCGGAGCAAGAAAGGAAGCAAAGGGUACGAAAUCCACAUGGUGGCAUCCACCCUGUAGCAGAGAUACCUGCCGAGUGGGGAGAGCUAAACAGGCAACCGGACGGUUCCAAUGAUGGCGAGAAAUAUAUCCAGAGAGUGCCUGCAAAGGGUUCUAGGAAAGGCUGCAUGCGAGGAAAAGGUGGCCCAGAAAAUUCCCACUGUAAUUACCGUGGUGUGAGGCAGCGGACUUGGGGCAAGUGGGUUGCUGAGAUCCGAAAGCCCAACAGGGGCAGUCGUCUAUGGCUUGGGACCUUUAACACUGCAUUAGAGGCUGCUCUCGCCUAUGACAAAGCUGCAAGGGCCAUGUAUGGCCCCCAUGCUCGCCUCAAUCUCCCUGAAUGUAGCACCGUGGCCAAAGAUAAAACCUUGGCACCUGCAGAAUGUGACGAGUUUACAGCAACCACUUCGCAGCAUUCCGGUCUUAACCCUCCGCAGUCAACUGUAGAAGCUGCUACAUGCAUGGUGAAGACUGAUGAGGAACUUUUUGAACAUUUUGACUGCUUACAGGAUCUACACCAAGACAUGUUUGGCAUUGGAAACAUACUGAGAGAUGUUGAUGCUGAUCCAUCUGAUUGCACCGGCACUGCCCAGAAUAGGCUUGGAGGGGUGGAUGAGAUUACUAACUGGCAUUGUGGAACCUGGUGUCAUAUGGAGCAAUUCCCGGCUGACAUGGACUGUAGCUAUGAUUUUACCGGACCUACGAGGCAAGAUUUGGAAUUUGGGAUUGCCAGUGACCAGGGCAUGCCUGAGUUGGAAUUUCCUGACUUGAGCUUUUUUCCAGAAUCGCAUAGGUUUUAUAGUUGAAAUCAGAACUGCCAUACUUUGCUUCAUAUUUGUGGGUUCUGCUGCGUGGCCCAGGAAGCUCAAGGAUGUUGAAAUUUAGCUGUUCCAUUUAUUAUUUUUAUUUUUCUUUCAAAUAAUAUUAUUUGUAGUAACUGCGGGGUUUAGCUGGUUCUCUCAAGGUUUUUGAGAGUGGGAACUUAGCCCAGAGCAAUGGGAUUGUUAAAUUCUAUUAGCAUUUCUGAAUUAGUUUUGGCGUACAGUUGGGUGAUAAUCCUAUGAGCAGAGAUUGCUUGUACAGUGUACUCUAAAUAAAGCUUCGAGUGAUUGCAGAUUUUAACACUCGAUGUAUAUUAACGAGGUUGUGCGAUGCGUCCAUUCUUUU